AUGCUUGGGAGUCAUUGGAUUAAGGCCACCCGGUUGAACCCCGGCAAUGCCCGAAAGUUCUCUCUUCUAUCCACACAUAGUUCUUUCCCAGCAACAAUGUAUCGAUUCCAACUACACCGGAAUGCGACAAUGUACGACGCGAGUGAGGACGAGACUCGCCACAGAAAGGACGGCAUCAAAGUAUCCGAAGACGGAUUGGUUCAUGCAAACAUCUCCAAGUCCAGUCCCUACUCCAAUGGGCCGAUCUUCAUGCCCAACUCUCGCCUUAUGCAGCAGAUGCUCAGGUUUGACCUUGAGCACUACCAGGAAGGUAUCGACGACGGCAAGUGUCCUUUAGACCCUUCCGUUGUCUGUAUCGAGCGAGGUACUCCAAUUCCCUCUGCACUGGUGCUAUGGAGGGAAGGUCUUUCUCGAUUCUCACUGCAGCCUUCCGACCCUAUUGCAGUCAAACAACUUAAUGAUGUCUUGAGCGAGUUCUACGAGAAGCACGCAACUGUUCUUGGUGCCGAGGAAUGGAUUGAGAAAUAUCCAUACCGUGAGAGCUUCCCAGACCAGAAUGAGGAUGUAUGGAUGAAGGUCUAA